AUGAGCGCCUCCUGCCCCCCCACAGGCACGUCUCCUGACCUCCGACCUCCGGCCACGGAUUGCGUCUGGCGUAGCUAUGCAGCCGAAGAGAACUCGGUUUCCAUAGCAACGUGGAAGCCUCACCUGAAGGCGCUGCACACCUGCAGCCCCACAAAUCAGAAGCUGAGCUUCAAGGAGCGCGUGAGGAUGGCGAGCCCCCGCGGUCAGAGCAUCAAGAACCGGACGGCGUCGUCCUCGGUGACGGAGCGGCGCUCCCCGGUGGCCGAGGCGGCGCCGGAGGGGGCGAGCCCCCCCAAGGUGCACAAGAGCUGGAGCUUCAACGACCGCACGCGCUUCAGGCCCUCGCUGCGCCUCAAGAGCCAAUCACGCUCCACCACCGACGGUGAGCCACACCUCAAGAGCCAAUCACGCUCCACCACCGACGGUGAGCCACACCUCAAGAGCCAAUCACGCUCCACCACCGACGGUGAGCCACACCUCAAGAGCCAAUCACGCGCCACCACCGACGGUGAGCCACACCUCAAGAGCCAAUCACGCGCCACCACCGACGAUGAGCCACGCCGGGCCAUUAACUUCCACUGA